AUGUGGCAUGACCACUCGCCUCCAGAAGGUCUAAAUCGCGGCCACCGUUAUUUCUGUUAUGUUUGUGGCACUCUUCUUCCCCAUAAAAUUACUCCAAGUGAUUCUUUUCAAUGUAGAAAGUGCUUGACCCAUACCUAUAUUUCGUGGUUUGUUGGCAUGAAGGCCUGUUUUGGCUCAGAAAAUGUCAAUGACUGUGAAAUAACCAACUUUCAAACGCUCCCUAUCUUUGACAAAGUUCUUGCUGACGCACAGAAGGCUCGUCAAGCAGAAGAAGCGCUUAGAAAAGCGGGCGAACAUCUUCCUAUCAGUGACAAUAUCGAUGGUCCAUCUGUAAAAAGAGAUUGUCCUUACUGUGGUAACAGCACAAUGACAUACGUUACAAUGCAACUUCGAGCAGCUGAUGAAGGUCAGACUGUAAUUUAUACUUGUACAGAAUGUAAGCAAAAAGAAGUCGAGAAUACCUAA